GUUCAGAGCUCCCCUAGCAACUACAUUACUGCUGUGUGAAGUUUACAACCAAGUUACUGAGGGGUGUGGGCGGCGCCAGUGGCUGUUUAGGUGUGAGAGACCCCGGAAAACGGAAGAAGUGAACUUUACACUGACUGGUUCGUUAGUUACUGGCAAAACAAUAACCAUUACUAAAUCUGUGCUCGGAAAAAUGUGCUGGUUAUCAACAGAUGGUAGAAGGUGGGUGUUGUCCAGUUGGUGACUCUGACCAUCCAUCUACACUAUGGUGCUGUGCAGCAGCCUGCUGGUUGUGGUGUUCCUCCUGUCUCAGACUGGGGGGUUCCUGCACUCUUUGGAAGAGGAUGCCCUUCCUAAGGAGUGGGUCCUGCUCCACGUGGUGCAGGGCCACAUCGGGGCGGGGAACUACAGCUACCUGCGGCUCAACCACGACGGCAAGAUCAUCCUGCACAUGCGCAGCCUCAAGGGGGACGCAGACCUGUACGUCUCGGACAAAACUCUGCGGCCCAGCUUCGACACCUACAAGCUGCAGUCGGUCACCUGCGGCCAGGACGUGGUCGUAGUGCCUGGAGACUUUGUGAGGCCCGUGGGGAUUGGCAUUUAUGGCCACCCGUCGCACCAGGAGAGCGAGUUUGAGAUGAGGGUGUUUUACGAUCAGACUUCCCUCCAGGACCCGUUCGAUAAAAGGUCGUACCCCUCUGAGGAGGAAGGGGGGAAGCAGAGAUAUGCUCCAGAGGAUGACUUUGAGGAAGAGGAGUCCAUCUUCUGGACUAUUUUAAUCGGGAUUCUCAAGAUUAUACUUGAAAUUUUGUUCUAAGAAAUGUGUGCUGCUGCUUUCUGCCAUGUGCAUUAAGAAUGAGGAUACUUGUGGUAUAUUUGAGCUGAGCGCAUGUGUUAAUCUCUGGGCCUGGUUUGCCAAAAACAUUUUAAGGCUAAGUUCAUCUUAGAACCAUAGGAUGAUUUUGGGAAACCUGGGCCUGGCAUUGGUGAUCUGAAAUUAACCUGAGGGGAAGAAGCUGAAAAAUCUAAGGGAAUAUAUUUUUUUACAUUUCGUAAUUCAACUGAUUGUCUUUUGAUUAAUGACAAAGGCAAUGCCUCAAUUACGUUGCUUGUCAAUCAGCCUCUAGGCUGAGGCAUACCUCGGUGAAAAAAUUAUUGAAUCAAACCACUAGUAUUUGCAUAUCUAUAUCAAUUUUGCCAUCUGAUUUAAAUGACUGGGUUAUGUUCUGUAUCUAUGGACGCAAGCCAGACACAAAUCUUAGGUUGCUACCCAGGCAGGCUGGUCAUUAAUUCUAUCGGUUACCAGUUAUCCAGUCGUUCACUUCUUUUGUUCUGUAUCUGUGGACGUAACCCAGUCGUUCAUUCGAAAUGUUCCAUUGCCAUGCUGGCUGGCAACAUUGUUAUCCCUUGCUUGCUAGCUAGCCAACUACGGUUAACUUAGUCACGUCAAACAGCGCAACCAGAAUAACAGCAAAGUAACUGCGUUUGUUUAAGCUGUUUUCCAGAGACAUUUCUCGUCAGGACACUGUUCAGAGGAGUAAGCUAACACAAGCCCUUCAAACUGAAGCUGGAAAGACUACAAACUAGCUGCAUUUAGUUUUACCGAUCCUAUUGACAUUUCUUUGUGUAUAUCCAUAAAAAUUAUGCGAGUUGAUUCAUGAUUUCGACUGGCUGAGAAAAGCUUCCUGUCUGCCUGCCAACUCCCGACACACAGUUCAUUACUAUGGGAUAGCUGGAGAUAGAAUUUCAAUUUUGAAACCAUGUUGCAAAUGUCAGAGAUGGACAGCAAGGUGUAUACAAGUUUCCGCUGUUGAAAAUCAACUGCUAGUUGAAAAGAAAUGGGAGAUAGGUAUUUCAACGUCAUAGCUUUAGCCGGUGCUAAUUUUUGGAAUAGACACCGGCUGGAAUGCAUCCCAAAACACCAGGCAGAGAGAGCGUUCACUAAGUGUGUCGUUGAGGCAUGUCGAUACUGAUAGGAUCGGAAAAAAUACAACGCUGCUCUCUAAUCAGCUUUCUCCAUUCAAAUCUUACCUUAACAUUCUAAUUAUUCCACGAUACUGACAAUGGAUCAGCCCACAGAAAGAUAUCACAUAUGACUAAAAUAUUAGGCAAACCAAGAUUUGGCACAACGUGAAAUGUAUAUUAAGACAAAUUACAGACAGUAUCAUACAAGUAGCAAAAUUGAACUAAUUUGAUUGAACAUGAAAUGUAUUUCAAUAUGAUUUAAAAUGGGUCUAUAUCCUACUUACUGUAUGCUAUUUAUAUUUUAAUGCAGUCAUCUCGGUUUUAAUUUGAAGCGUGUUUUUAUACCUCGCUUGUUUGUAUCAAUUGCAAAGAUGUUGGCAUCUUUGUAUUUGUAGUGAACUCCGUUCUGAAGUUCUCAGCAGUCAGAGGCAAAUAAACUGUGAUUUUAUGUUUAGUGGAGAUAUGUGUAUCAAGUGACGCCGGAGGGCAAGUAGCAUCUAACGAUGUACUUAGCUGUGCUACGAGUGGUCUGAGCCAGGCAUUUGAUUACAAGCAUUUAAGUCCAAAGAUAUUUUUUGGAAACCGCUCAGAGAUUUAAUGAUGCGCCUACAAAAAUUAUAACGAUGAACUUCGCCUUAAGAUGUUUUUGUGAAACCGGGCCCUGUUCAAUAGGUUCCAAAUGGGAACAAAUUACUUGAAGUGGAGGCGGCAGGCACUACCUGAAACUUUUCAAUAGGAAUGAUCUUUUGCGUUUCCAUUUGAAAAUGUUUGCUCCCAUGUGUGCCUAAUGAACAAGACUCAGGUCUAAAUUGGUGUCCUGGGUCUGAAUUAUGCAACAACUAAAUAUCAGUACACCAGAGAGCAGAGAUGUUCAACAGUGCCUUUUGAUCUGUCAAGUCUUGGGUGAAUGGCAAUGCAACAUCUCAUGCAAAUGGAGUCAUUUUAUAAGAUUUUCAAAUAAAGAUGUAUCUUUGCAAAAUA